CUAACAUUAUAAAGCCUACUUGUAGGGCUUACCUUAAACCCAUAACCAAAUGUUAUAUAGUAAACUUAAAAAAGUUUAUGACAAGUCAAAGAAAAUUCAUUACCCAGAAAUUCUGAAAUUCUCCCUCUCUCGCUCUAAAUAAACACAAAAAUGUCACCCAUUUUCUUGCAACUGGAGACAAAUGAUGGAAAACUUCAUACCGUGGACAGUGCCUUGGUGAAGGAAAUGGAUACCAUUUGCCAAAUGCUAAUGCUGGAGUGCUCCGGUAAAUCGGAAGUGAUUCCCCUGCCCAGGAUCGAUUCCAGGACUCUGAAACUUUUGCUAAAGUGGUGUAAAUACAUGAAUGGUUGUUCUGAUAACACCGAUGUAUCCGUACGUCUAAAUAUACUGAAGCGAUUAAUCCAAAAGGCUGGCGGCGAGGACGAAAUCCUUUUCCAGAUGAUCAAUGCGGCCAACUAUUUGCAGAUGGAGAGACUCCUGGAUACCGGCACCCAGCUGGUGGCCAAUAUAAUCCAAAGCUAUGACAGUGUCGAAGAGUUGCGGGUACGUUUUCAUAUUGAAAGUGAUGAGGAAUAAAUCAAAAAUGGCAGAGCAGGAUCUUUCAAAAAGGAUAAUGCUUCAAGAAGACAUUAUUAACAUGAAGUCUAUCUCUAAAAAUUUGUCUAAGAAUGAUAGUCCGUAUUGUGUGUGUAGUGAAUAAAUUUCGAAUUAAAUAAUAUUAUUAACUCAGUUAA